GCGCAUGCGCGGUAGUUACAGUAGUUGCGCGGCCGGUACGAGCGCGCGCGAGGCUGGGCGGAAGCUACGGGAGGGCCACGCGCAUGGUUGGCGGCUAUGGAGGUAGGAAAGCGUGCAGACGCCCGGGUAAGUACUGACACCAGAACAGAGUCCAGCCCUCGAAGUCCAGUCUGCAGCCUCCGGCAUUUUGCUUGUGAACAGAACCUGCUGUCCCGACCGGAUGGAUCUGCUUCUUUUCUGCAAGGUGACACCUCUGUCCUGGCUGGAGUGUACGGGCCAGCCGAGGUGAAGGUCAGCAAAGAAAUCUUCAACAAGGCUACACUCGAAGUGAUCCUGAGGCCGAAGAUCGGGCUGCCUGGUGUGGCUGAGAAAAGCCGGGAGCGGCUGAUCAGGAACACGUGUGAAGCAGUGGUUCUGGGAGGCCUGCACCCCCGCACUUCCAUCACGGUGGUGCUGCAGGUGGUGAGCGACACCGGCUCCCUCUUGGCCUGCUGCUUGAAUGCUGCCUGCAUGGCACUGGUGGAUGCAGGUGUGCCCAUGCGGGCUCUCUUCUGUGGGGUUAGCUGUGCCCUGGACUCUGAUGGCAAUCUCGUUUUGGACCCCACGACCAAGCAAGAAAAGGAGGCCCGGGCCAUCCUGACCUUUGCUCUGGACAGCGUGGAGCAGAAGCUGCUGAUGUCCACCACCAAGGGGCUCUAUUCUGAUGCCGAGCUCCAGCAGUGCCUGGCUGCUGCCCAGGCUGCCUCACAGCACAUCUUCCGCUUCUACCGGGAAUCGCUGCAGAGGCGCUACUCGAAAAGCUGAGACAAGCCAGGGCAGGGUGCACCUCCUGUCACCACGCCCACCGCCUCCAGCCGUCACAUGCCAGCUCCUCACUUUCCCUCAUACUGUGCCCAUGUGACCUCCAGUCCUGUAACAGCAGGGGCUCCUGUGCCAGAACACCAUUAAAAGGAGCUCACCUGUGUUGAAUGAGUCAGCCACCGAUUCUGAUGUCUGAUGAGCAUCCAUUCAUCAGGCCUGCUGGUGUUGAGAAGCUGGCACUGAACGAGAGACCCAGGCCGCAUGUUCAGGGUAAGAGAUAGGCAUGGUGGUACGUGCCGGCAGUCCUACCUGGCAUAGUGAGGCCAGCCUGGGCUACCUAAGAAGGUGAUCUGGAGAGGACUCAGCAGUUAGGAGCACCUGUUGCUCUUCCAGUUUCCAGCACUCAGAACAGACAACUCACGACUACCUGUGGCUCCAGCUCUUGGGGCUCAGACACCCUUUUCUGGCCUCUGUGGGCACUUGGGCACACAGUCUAAAGGAGGGGUCAGUUUUGAGGGGAAGUAAAUUCCGUAUCAGGAUACAGGCAGGGGUGGUACAGCUGAAGAUACCCGUGAAGGAGGAAAGUGUGGCAGUGAGCUCUGGAGUAGCAUGGGAGAGCGCGCCAGAGAUACAGGCAGGGGGGACACAUCCACAUGGGGCCUUGAGCAUGGGAGAGCGCGCCAGAGAUACAGGCAGGGGGGAACACAUCCACAUGGGGCCUUGAGGGCCACCAGCAGUACACUAGCGGUCCAUAUUCAGCACCCCAUGAAAUGGGGGUGAUAGAGUCCUCAUUUGAAGAUGACAUAAACAGAAGAGUCCAGAGGUCACCAGCUAACCUGCAGAAGACCAAAGGACCAUGAGAUUCCUGUCCCAGAGACCAGGCUAUUCAGGGUAACUCCAGCAUUCUGGGAGCACCAAGUCAUUGGGGCUCAGCCAGCUGGUGUUCCCAGACUCUUGGUAUUGAGAGGACUGGAACCAAGCAUUUAAGAACUUCUGUAAAGAUUAACUCCCACAACCUGUCAACAUGGAGCCAAAUCAGCAGGCCCCAGACGCUUGUUUCCAUGUGCUGCGCCCAUUCUGCCUUGUACUUCACAUCUAGACCUAGGUCCUCACACUCCACUCUCCACCACCACCCGCUGGAGCGGUGUCUUCACUCUUGAAAACCGGAAAAGGAAUGCACAGGUAUCUUUAGCUUGGUGAGUGGAAAAGGGUUUUUGUUUUUUGUUUUUCAUUGUGGUGUGGCGUUUAACAGCCAAACCCCUGCCUCUUCAUUACUUGAUGUUCUCGGGCCUCAUUUUGCAAAUACUCCCUGUGUCCCGCCAAGUGCUGAGCAAGCUGCUCACCUACUCGGUACCACCAGCUCUUUGUUUCCUCAGGGACCCACCCCUUACAUAGCCAGGCAGCGCUGGUGCACGCCUUUGGUCCCAGCAAUCUGGAGGCAGAGGCAAGUGGCUCUGAGUUGGAGGCCCAUUCUGCAAGGACUUGGUUGAAGUGGGUUUGGAAGGCCAUUUUAUAAGGAAGGUAUUUGGUCUCUAGAUGAUUUGAGCUGUCAGUCAGGAUUCUCCCCUCCCCCCCCAAGAGAAGUUGUGUCUGCAAAGGGAGCUAUGUUCACAUCAUUGAAGCCCAGGUACAAUUUUUUUUUCUUGUUUUGGUAACUCUAAAACUUUUUUGUUUUUGUUUUUUAGAGACUGCGUUUCUCUCUGUAAUAGCCCUGACUGUCCUGGAACUCACUCUGUAGACCAGGCUGGCCUCAAACUUACAGAGAUCCACCUGCCUCUGCCUUUCAAGUGCUGGGAUCAAAGACAUCUACCAGGCUUAUUUGGUUUUUUUUUUUUUUUUUUUUUUUUUUUGAGACAGUCUCACUACUUAGCUCUUGACUGUCCUAGAAUUCAUUUGUAAACCAGGUUGGCGUUGAACUCACAGAGAUCCUCCUGCCUCUGCCUCCUCUAGUGCUGGGAGUAAAGGCAUGCAUCACCACCCCUAGCUGAUUCUGGGGUUUGAACUAAGGGAGUUGUAAAUUCUGAACAAGCAUUGACUGAUGAGCCAUGCCUCUGGUCUUCUUCAGCACCACGACCACCCUGUGACUGGGUUUCACUAUGCAGCCCUGGCUGGCCUGGAAACUUAAUCUGUAGACCCACCUGCCUCUCCCGAGUGCUGGGAGUGCCCGCUUCUUUUGUGUGCUGUGUCAGUCUCACUAAGCUGCCACGGCUGGCUCAUCUCCUGGGACCUCGUAUGUACUAGGCAAUAGUUCUGCUGCUAAGCUCAUCUCUAGGCCAACUUGAAGUUGUGAUCCUCCUGCCUCAGCCUCCUGAGUUACCAGUAUACUAAGCAUGACUCCGAAGUCUGGCUCUACCACCACGCUUUCCUGUUAAUUGUGGACAACUGGAUAAUUUCUCCAUCUGCUGUGGGAAGAGCUCAGAGGGAAGCAGCAGGCCACCACACACACCUGGGAUUCUUUGGACCUUGCUCGGCCGGAGGGAAGGGUUAAGUGAGACCUGGAAGCCUGGCUCUAAUUCUGCUCACUACUGUGGAGAAGAAAAUACUGCAGUAUCACACCCCAAGCUCUGAGGUCUGAUGUCAGCCACAGCCUGAGGCUGACCUUGCUGGUCAGUCCUUCCUACUCUUGGGCACCCACACCAGUCCACCCUUGACACACCCAAACACACAGACAGACUUGGGUUUGGCUUCAGGGACUCUUUAAUCUCUCACAUUGCUUCCUUCUGGGUAGGGGUAGCCAGGAAAGUAGCAGACUCUCAUUUCUGGAUGCUGUGGUCCUCGCCGUCACCACCAUUUGCACCAGGAUCAUCCAUUCCUCUCAUGGGUUCACUGGGGGGCCUCUGGCCUCUGCAUUCACAGUAGGGGCUGAAGGGCAGCUAGGGCGGGUCUCGGGAGGCAAGGUAGGCAGCCAAGGUCACCAGAGCAGCAGCAUAUGUGCACAGGCCCAGCCCCAUAGCAAGGACCCCCAGCAGGAAGGCACGGCGGGAAGUGGCCCCUGCCCCUUGGAUGUCCCCCUCGGCCCAAGCCUUGUUGGUCUGUAGAGGCAGUGGGCAGUGGUAACCAAAGUGUCCCUUGACACUCCAUCCUGCUUCCUGUGGCUCUCCACAAUCCCAGUCUAACUAAUUCAUUUAUCUAGUCUAAAACUGUAGUUGGGGCACCAACUGAGCAACCAAUAAAAGAGCGUUUCCCUGUG